GAACUCACAUCUCCUGUCAACAUGUCCUACAGCUUUUUCCCUGGAAACUUCUCCUCCCGCUCCUGUGGGGGCUUCCUGCGCCAAUCGGGUGCCUUCUGUGGCUCUUCCUACCCCAGCAACCUGGUCUAUAGCACGGACCUCUGCUCUCCCAGCACCUGCCAGCUGGGCUCCACGGACCUCUGCUCUCCCAGCACCUGCCAGCUGGGCUCCUCCCUCUACACAGGCUGUCAGGAGACUGGCUGUGAGCCCACCAGCUGCCAGACGUCCUGUGUGCUGUCCAGCUCCCGCCAAAUGUCCUGCUACCGCCCGAGGACCUCCUUGCUCUGCAGCCCUUGCCAGAUGACUUACCCUGGAUCUCUGGGCUUUGGGUCCAGGAGCUGCUCCUCCCUGGGCUGUGGAUCCAGUGGUUUCAGACCCCUGGGUUAUGGAGGCUGUGGCUUCCCUUCUUUAGGCUACGGAUAUGGAUUCUGCCGCCCAUCCUACCUGGCUUCUAGGAGCUGCCAGUCUUCUUAUUACAGACCAACAUGUGGAUCUGGCUUCUACCAAUCAACUUGUUAAGGGCUCCUGAUCUUAACUUUGCAAUUAUCUCUCUCAAAGUCAAUCUCAGCUAUCAUCUGGCUAGAGUCCAUAUUCUACUACCUAGGAGAGUGAUAAUUUAUUUUAAAAUCCUAUCAAUACUACAAUAAUUUGUCUCAUAGAAUAUCUGUCUCUUUUUCCUCUGUUUUCUUGAG